AACCUGCGCACACAAUUGCAGGACACCAAGGAGGCAGAGAGAGCAUUAGAAUGGGCGGAGAGAGAGAGAGGGAGAGAUGGCUUGAGUAGCCGGGUUAGUGACGAGUCAGGUGACCGAGUCGAGAGAGAGAUGGCUGAGUGGCUGGGUUAGUAACGAGUCAGGUUACCGAAUCUGCUCCAAUCCAAAAAUCGCAGGGUUUUUGGGUGUUAAAGAAAAACAUGGAGAAGGGCCAGAUGCCUACAAGUCUCCUUUACCGCUAUUCCACUUCUACUCUUAACUCUACCCGUAACCCUAACCCUACGAGUCUCUCACCGACUCUUUCUCUCUCUCGGUACUUAUUCUUCCUUUUCUUCUUAUUCCUCCCUGCCAUCUUUCUCUCCUGCUCUUCUUUCUCGCGGCUCGGCUCUCGAAUUCCCUUCAACGCCCCCGGUUCCUUUGGAUUUUCCGUUCAUCAACGAGGUUUGAUAUGCAUCUAACUGUCUGUACAAGUAGUCUCAAACUUGCUUGCAUGUGAGGCUUCAUGACAUUUGCUAUCAACAUUUUAUCAAUAAUAGCAUUCCAUUAGUUGGCUUUAGUUAUUUGCCUCAAUGGAAGAGCUUGGUGGCGCUUGGUUUGAAGGAAUAGGAAACGCUAUAAGGAAGAAGCGGAGCCAAACACUUCGGCGUCCUAGGUCUGUGUCACUUCAGUUCCAUGAAAAUCGUGAUCAGUCACCUUUAACAUCUUCACUGCCUUCAGAUGAUGUGAGUAAGGCCCCUAGUGAUGAGAAUACAGGGGGUGGCAUCAAUUCUGGGAGGAAGGACUUAAAUCUUAAUCAGUGUACUUUGAAGGGCUCUGCAAAUAGGGCAGGUGAAUACACUUGUAAAAUUAUUGAGGAUGAUGUAUCAUCAAGCUUGUCAUAUGGUAAUGGAGGUUUCCAAGAUGGCCCUGAUGAGGGAGGAAGUGGGUUGAACCAAAGAUGCAGCAGUGAAGGCGUCCUUGCCCCUGUUAACUGGAAAGGCAUGAGCAGUUUGAAAGGAGGCUUCAAAUUGCAGCCGAUGAAUGUAGGUAUUCAUGUUGGGAGCAAUGGUGGAAGUCAGAGUUCUGCAAACUCCGCUGGGAAUGGUAAUGGAAUUGGAAAUGGGAAAAGGUUUAAGAAGGUCAAGCUCAAGGUUGGUGGUAUCACACAUACAAUUCAAACAAAGUUGGACGCAGAUGGUGUCCUGGGUAGUGGGCCUUCCACAAAAAGCACUUCAGAUGCUCCUCAAUCACGACAUAAGCUGAUUCUCCAGGACAAUUCCAUUGAUAAUUCUGCUUUAGAUAAGAACAGCAGAAUGCGAGGAAUUCCAUGGAAGGAUUUUCCAAGAGGCAAUGCUAGUCCUGGAAAGGAGAAGGAUACUUCUGCAGGAAAGGUGCUCAACAAGAUUACACAUGGAAACGGAGGUGAGAAAUGGGAGCCAGUUCGUAAAAGCAAGAGGAUGCCUAAGAGGCGUGUCUUGGAUGAGGCAUUUGAUGAAGAGGAUGACAAUGAGAUUAGAUACCUCAAGAAACUCAAAUUGUCUAAGGUUGCUGCUGGAAAUAAACAUUUUCAUGGAGACUCAAGCAUCAAUGAACAAAGAAUUUUGAUGGCUUCCAAGAAUUCUAAGCAUGGCAACAUUUUGGACAAUUUUGUCUCAUCCUCGAUUAAAGAUGGUAAGAAAAAAUGCAUCAUAUCAGAAAGAGGAUGUGAGGACACUGAUUAUGAGAAGGAACUGGUGUCUGAUGAUGAGCUUGAAGGCAAGAAGAAGAAGCUGAGGAAGGAAUGCAAUGACUUUCUAUUUGAACAUAAGAGGGAACUGGCUCUUACAACUCGCCAGCGGGCCCUUUUAUCCAGCAAAGAUCCAUCUUCUGUUUCUGGUGCAAGUGUAAUUGAGUUUCCCAACGGAUUACCACAUGCCACACAUCGAAAGCAAAAGGUGCUAACAGAAGUGGAGCUGCAACUGAAGAAAGCCGAGGCUGCUCAACGGCGUAGAUUGCAAGUUGAGAAGGCGGCUCGGGAAUCAGAGGCUGAGGCGAUUAGGAAAAUACUUGGACAAGAUUCCAGUCGGAAGAAGCGAGAAGAUAAAAUAAAGAAGCGCAAGGAAGAAUUGGAACAGGCAAAGGCAGCAAAUGCCCUGAUACUUGCGGCAAGCACCAUUAGAUGGGUCAUGGGCCCUUCUGGAACUGUUGUGACAUUCCCGAACGAUAUGGGUUUGCCUAGUAUUUUUAACCAGAAACCUUGUAGUUAUCCUUGCCCACGAGAAAAAUGUGCUGGCCCAUUUUGUACCAACCCAUACAAGUAUCGAGAUUCUAAGUCAAAUAUUCCACUUUGCAGUCUUCAGUGCUACAAAGCUGUUCAUGAAAAGGGACCAGUACCGAACGGAACAACCGUGUAAUUCUGCUCUACAUGGUAUUUGGUUUUGGCAGAUGUACAGUAACAUUGGUAUUUGGUUUUGGGCUGUAAAGAUCCAUAUGUGGGGGCUUCUACUUUCUGAUUCUCAGAUCUCAACGGUAACUAAACUCCCGUAAUCUGUUGCACAUGUUCAUUCAUACCAAUGAUCCAAACUCGUUUGGACCGUCGAUCUUAGGACACUCUUGGGCUGAUGUUGGAUGUACAAUUAAAAUGAAGCUCAAGAAUGAAGACCUUUAUGGCAAUCUACAAAAUAACUAGCCAAUGUCAUCCUUUCGUAUAUAAUAGUCAUGUGCAUGGAACGGAAUUCGCCAUCUAAUUCCUAACAAAAAUGAGCCAAUUCUCAUUUGGGUUACUUACCAAGAACCUGUGAUGUGAGCACAUCGGAUUGAGACCAUUUCAACUGUCUCCCUUUACCUAAUUAUUAUAUCAUUUUAUGUGUGGAUAAGCUGUGAAACCUACCGUACACACACACACACACAUUAAUUUGCCUGGAAUAUUAUAUGCAACUAUAUGGUAUAUAUUAGUCAAAGGUCGUGCUGCGUACAAUUGGCAGCACGUAGGCUUGAGCCUACUAGUUCUAGGCUUAACUAUUAAUUUUUAAUUUUCUAAAUUGCAAUGCUAUUUAGAUAUUCAUAGUGGUACUUGAGAUGUAAUUUUU